AUGAUGAAUGAAUCCUUUUAUAGAAUUUGCUUUUAAACCUUAAAAACUCUAGGCGACUUAAAACUAAUUACCAAUUAAGAAAAAUUGUAUCUCAAAGAAAUAGUAGUGCAGAACUAAUUUCAAAUUCCAGAGAAUUUAGAUACUAACUAGCUAUCCAUGUUUUUUUUGUUUUUAAUUAAACAAUACAGAAGAGAAUUAGAAUUCAAAAAUAGUGAACUUUUAAUCAUCGAUGAAGAGACUGAUGAGGAAUAGGCAUGA